UGUGCGCGCGCGUGCGGGGUGUGUGUAGUGUGCAAAAGGGAGAGAAAGAGGAGACGGCGUCGUGCGCACACGCUGCGCUCUACAUAUAUAUAUAUAUAUAUAUUUUUAAUAAAACACGGAAAUAUAUUUAAAUGUGUCCGUGUGUCGCUACCUUAAGGACCCAAGUAUUGAUUGAUAGACAAAGUCAGCGCGGACUUACUGGGUUUUUAUUUUUUAUUUUUUUGGGCUGCGUGAAUCAAGUUUCGAGGGGGGGGGGGGAGAGACCUGGCCCACCGACCGAACCGACUCUCUAAAGACCCGGACCAGAACUCUGGAUCGCGCAACUUUUUUAUAUUUAGUUUAGCUAAACCGCUUAGCUAACUAAAUUAUAAAGUUGCUCCUCUCCUCGUCCGCGAUGUCUGGAAGCGAGGACGACGGCGCGGACGGCUACGGAGCCCCGGAGGACCGGCUACUUCACGACGAUGAGGAAGAGGAGGUCUCGGAGAACGAGACCCCGAAGGUGAAGAAGAAGAAGAAGGCCAAGAAGAGCAAAGAGAGCAAGGGCAGCAAGAGGCGGUCGCGCAGAGAGGAGCUCCCGAUUAGCUCCCCGGAGCUCAUGGACGUGGGCGGGGCGGAGGCGGCGGAAGAAGGCGGCCAUGCCUUGCGCUCCGACAGCGAGGGCAGCGACUACACGCCGGGACGCAAGAAGAAGAAGAGGGGCGGCGGCAGCGGCAGCAAGGAGAAGAAGAGGAGCGGCUCCGGCGUCGAGAGGAGCAGCUCCAAGAAGAAAGAGCCGGAGCCCGAGGAGGAAGACGACGACGACGACGACGACGACAGCUCGGAGCCAAAGUCGUCGUCCCAGCUGCUCGACGACUGGGGCAUGGAGGACAUCGACCACGUGUUCACGGAGGAGGACUACCGCUCUCUGACCAACUACAAGGCCUUCAGCCAAUUCGUCAGGCCCCUCAUCGCAGCCAAGAACCCCAAGAUCGCCGUGUCCAAGAUGAUGAUGGUCCUGGGCGCCAAGUGGCGCGAGUUCAGCACCAACAACCCCCUGAGGGGCGCCGCCGCCGCCAACGCGGCGCUGGCCACCGCCAACGUGCCGGCCGCGGUCGACACCAUGGUGGCGGAGGUCGCGCCGGUCGCGCCGCCUCCGCCGCCGCCGGCCCCCGUGGAGGCGCCGCAGCCCCCGGCGCCGCCGCUACGCAAGGCCAAGACUAAGGAGGGGAAAGGUCCCAACGCCCGCAAGAAGUCCAAGCCUACGCCUAAAGCACAAGAGAAGAAGAACAAUGCCAAGACCAAGAAGGUGGCGCCUCUCAAAAUCAAACUGGGAGGCUUCAACAGCAAGCGGAAACGCUCGUCGAGCGAGGAGGACGAGCCCGAAGUGGACAGCGAUUUCGAGGACGGCAGCAUGAACAGCGUCUCCGUCUCGGAGGGAUCCAACAGCCGCAGCAGCCGCAGCAAAAAGAAGCCGUCCAAGAGCAAACCCAAGAAGAAGAAAGCUGAGGACGGGGACGGCUACGAGACGGACCACCAGGACUACUGCGAGGUUUGCCAGCAGGGCGGAGAGAUCAUCCUGUGCGACACCUGUCCCCGAGCGUACCACAUGGUCUGCCUGGACCCCGACAUGGAGAAGGCCCCCGAGGGCACCUGGAGCUGCCCGCACUGUGAGAAGGAGGGCAUCCAGUGGGAGGCCAGGGAGGAGCCCUCGGAAGGAGAGGAGGAAAUCAACGAGACGGUGGACAUGGAGGAGGACGACCACCACAUGGAGUUCUGCCGCGUGUGCAAAGACGGAGGAGAGCUGCUCUGCUGCGACUCGUGCCCGUCGUCGUACCACAUCCACUGCCUCAACCCGCCGCUGCCCGAGAUCCCCAACGGAGAGUGGAUCUGCCCCCGGUGCACGUGUCCCGCCAUUAAGGGGAAGGUCCAGAAGAUCCUGACGUGGCGGUGGGGCGAGGUCCCCGACCCCACGCCGGUCCCCCGCCCGCCGGACCUCGCGGCCGACGCCCCCGACCCAAAACCGCUGGUGGGGCGUCCGGACCGGGAGUUCUUCACCAAGUGGUCCAGCAUGUCGUACUGGCACUGCUCCUGGGUCACGGAGAUCCAGCUGGAGCUCUACUGUCAGGUGCUGUUCAGAAACUACCAGAGGAAGAACGACAUGGACGACCCGCCGGCCGUGGACUUCGGCGAAGGCGAGGAGGACAAGAGCGUGAAGAGGAGGAACAAGGACCCCAUGUACUACAAGCUGGAGGAGAAGUACCUGCGCUUUGGCAUCAAGUACGAGUGGCUGCUGAUGCACCGCAUCAUCAACCACAGCGUGGACAGGAAGAACAACAUCCACUACCUGAUCAAGUGGAGGGAGCUGGCGUACGACCAGGCCACCUGGGAGGCCGACGACAUGGACGUGCCCGAGUUUGACAACCUCAAGGUGCAGUACUGGAACCACAGAGAGCUGAUGAUGGGAGACGAGGGGAAGCCGGGGAAGAAGAUCAAGGUGAAGGGGCGCGUGAAGCGGCCCGACCGCCCGCCCGAGAACCCCGUGGUAGACCCGACCAUAAAGUUCGAGCGUCAGCCGGAUUACCUGGACAGCACGGGGGGGAACCUGCACCCCUACCAGCUGGAGGGGCUCAACUGGCUGCGGUUCUCCUGGGCUCAGGGCACCGACACCAUCCUGGCUGACGAGAUGGGCCUGGGCAAGACGGUGCAGACCGCCGUGUUCCUCUACUCGCUCUACAAGGAGGGCCACUCCAAGGGGCCGUUCCUGGUGAGCGCGCCGCUCUCCACCAUCAUCAACUGGGAGAGGGAGUUCGAGAUGUGGGCGCCCGACAUGUACGUGGUGACGUACGUCGGCGACAAAGACAGCCGCGCCGUCAUCCGGGAGAACGAGUUCUCCUUCGAGGACAACGCCAUCCGGGGAGGGAAGAAGGCCUCCAGGAUGAGGAAAGACUCGUCGGUGAAGUUCCACAUCCUGCUGACCUCCUACGAGCUGAUCACCAUCGACAUGGCGAUCCUGGGCUCCAUAGACUGGGCCUGCCUGGUGGUGGACGAGGCCCACAGGCUGAAGAACAACCAGUCCAAGUUUUUCCGCGUGUUGAACAACUACCCUCUGCAGCACAAGCUGCUGCUCACGGGAACCCCCCUGCAGAACAACCUGGAGGAGCUCUUCCACCUGCUCAACUUCCUCACACCUGAGCGGUUCAGUAAACUGGAGAUCUUCCUGGAGGAGUUCGCCGACAUCGCGAAGGAGGACCAGAUCAAGAAGCUGCACGACAUGCUGGGACCCCACAUGCUCAGGAGGCUGAAGGCCGACGUCUUCAAGCACAUGCCCUCCAAGACGGAGCUCAUCGUCCGGGUGGAGCUCAGCCCGCUGCAGAAGAAGUACUACAAAUUCAUCCUGACGAAAAACUUUGAGGCUCUGAACACCAAAGGAGGCGGAAACCAGGUUUCUCUGCUCAACGUCGUCAUGGACCUCAAGAAAUGCUGCAACCACCCCUACCUCUUCCCCACGGCUGCUAUUGAAGCCUCAAAGAUGCCCAACGGGAUGUACGACGGCAACGCGCUCACAAAGGCUGCUGGGAAACUGGUGCUGCUGCAGACGAUGAUGAGGAAGCUGAAGAACGGUGGACACAGGGUGCUCAUCUUCUCUCAGAUGACCAAGAUGUUGGACUUGCUCGAGGACUUCCUGGAGAACGAGGGCUACAAGUACGAGAGGAUCGACGGAGGGAUCACUGGCGGCAUGAGACAGGAAGCCAUCGAUCGCUUCAACGCGCCCGGAGCGCCGCAGUUCGCCUUCCUGCUGUCGACGAGAGCCGGCGGUCUGGGGAUCAACUUGGCCACCGCCGACACUGUCAUCAUUUACGACUCUGACUGGAACCCCCACAACGACAUCCAGGCCUUCAGCAGAGCUCAUCGUAUCGGUCAGAACAAGAAGGUGAUGAUCUACCGCUUCGUCACCAAGGCGUCUGUGGAGGAGAGGAUCACUCAGGUUGCCAAGAAGAAGAUGAUGCUGACUCACCUGGUGGUCCGACCUGGUCUCGGAUCCAAGACGGGCUCCAUGUCCAAACAGGAACUGGACGACAUCCUCAAGUUCGGAACGGAGCGGCUCUUCAAGGACGAGUUCGACGGGGGUCUAGGUGAGAUGAUGACGAUGAAGCACAAGGAGGAGGACAGCAGCGUCAUCCACUACGACGAGAAGGCCAUCGACCGUCUGCUGGACAGGAACCAGGACGCCACCGACGACACGGAGCUGCAGAGCAUGAACGAGUACCUGAGCUCCUUCAAGGUGGCUCAGUACGUGGUCAAAGACGAGGAGGAGGAGGAGGAGGAGGUGCAACGGGAGGUCAUCAAGCAGGAGGAGAGCGUGGACCCAGACUACUGGGAGAAGCUGCUGCGUCACCAUUACGAGCAGCAGCAGGAGGAUCUGGCCCGCAACCUGGGCAAAGGCAAGCGCAUCCGCAAGCAGGUCAAUUACAACGACGGGUCUCAAGAAGACAGAGGUAAGAAUGGAGCCGAUUGGCAGGAUGACCAGUCCGACGGCCAAUCGGAUUACUCGGUGGCGUCCGAGGAGGGAGACGAGGACUUUGACGAGCGGACAGAAGCCAACUCUCGCAGGCCGAGCAGGAAGGGCCUGAGGAACGACAAGGACAAGCCGCUGCCCCCCCUGCUGGCCAGGGUGGGAGGCAACAUCGAGGUGUUGGGCUUCAACUCUCGGCAGAGGAAGGCCUUCCUGAACGCAGUGAUGCGUUAUGGGAUGCCUCCCCAGGAUGCCUUCACCACCCAGUGGCUGGUCCGAGACCUGCGGGGGAAAUCUGAGAAGGAGUUCAAGGCGUACGUCUCUCUCUUCAUGCGUCACCUCUGUGAACCCGGAGCCGACGGGGCCGAGACCUUCGCCGACGGCGUCCCCAGAGAAGGGUUGUCGCGGCAACACGUCCUCACGCGCAUCGGCGUCAUGUCGCUCAUUCGCAAAAAGGUGCAGGAGUUCGAGCACGUGAACGGCCAGUGGUCGAUGCCCUGGAUGGCCGAGCUGGAGGAGAGCAAGAAGGCGGCUGCGGCGGCUGCGGCUGCGCAGCUCGACUCGCCGGGGAAAACCCCGUCCACCGGAACCCCCGCCGACACGCAGCCCAACACACCUGCUCCAGGCGACGACUCCUCCUCAAAGAGCGAGGAAGCGGCGAAGGAGGCGGAGAAGAGUCCAGCGGAGGUGAAGAAAGAGGGCGAGGCGGAGAAGAGCAACAGCAAAGAGCCGGCGAACGCCAGCGACGAGGUGAUCGCCAUCCCAGACGACGACGACGACGACGACGAGGAAGACGAGAAGAGUCCGCCGGCGGAGCCGGAGAGCAAAAAGAACGGGGAGGAGCCGAUGGAGACGGACAGACCGAGCAACGGGGAGAAGGAGAAGGAGGGAGAGAAGGAGGCAGAGAGCGAGAUGAAGAGUUCGGAGGCAGGAGAGGAGACAAAGUCGCCGUCAGAGGCCAAGACGGAGGGGUCAGAGGUCAAAUCUGAGGACCCCGAGGUCAAAGGAAAAGAAAAGAAAGAGGAAAAGAUGGACGCCACGCCUCCUGCAGAUGAAAAGAAAGAGCCGAAGGAGGAGAAGGAGCCCCCGAAGCCGGAGGAGGCGACCAAACUUCAGAACGGAGACGGCGGCAAGGAGAGCGGAGCGUCGGCUACCUCCGCCGCCGUCGCCACGACGACCGCAGUCGGCAUCGUGGGAGCUGCCGUCGGAGCUGCCGCUGUCGCAGCCGCAGCCGCCAGCGAGGAGAAGAAGAAGGCGGCCAAGUCCCGAUUCAUGUUCAACAUCGCUGACGGAGGGUUCACAGAGCUUCACUCUUUGUGGCAGAACGAGGAGCGCGCCGCCACCGUCACCAAGAAGACCAACGAGAUCUGGCACCGCCGGCACGACUACUGGCUGCUGGCCGGCAUCAUACAACACGGUUACGCUCGCUGGCAGGACAUCCAGAACGACGUGAAGUUCGCCAUCCUCAACGAGCCUUUCAAGGGAGAGAUGAACCGAGGAAACUUCCUGGAAAUCAAGAACAAGUUCCUCGCCCGGAGGUUCAAGCUGUUGGAGCAGGCGCUGGUGAUCGAGGAGCAGCUGCGUCGCGCCGCCUACCUCAACAUGUCCGAGGAUCCCUCCCACCCCUCCAUGGCCCUCAACACGCGCUUCAGCGAGGUGGAGUGUCUGGCCGAGUCCCACCAGCACCUCAGCAAGGAGUCCAUGUCCGGGAACAAACCGGCCAACGCCGUCCUGCACAAAGUGCUAAAGCAGCUGGAAGAGUUGCUGAGUGACAUGAAGGCGGACGUCACCCGCCUCCCGGCAACCAUCGCACGGAUACCGCCGGUUGCCGUGCGGCUCCAGAUGUCCGAGAGGAACAUCUUGAGUCGGCUGGCGAGCCGAGGGCCCGAGACCCAGACACAGACGCAACAGAUGUCACAGCAGUAACUGAAACUCUGCGCUUUACCUCGAAAAACCAACCCCCUGCCUCACCUUGACAUUCCUGAUUGGUGCACAGCAGAAUGACGGACAGCGCGCUCAAGCUUGAAGCCACGCCCAGUUCAACCCCCCCCAACGCCCCAAAAAAACAGACAUUAAACAGUUUUUCUGGAGGAUCGAAUCUCUUCCCCAAAGUUUGAGGCUGUGGACAGAAAGGCUAUUUUAUUUUAUUUUUCCUCUUUUUUUUCAAUUUCUGUAUUAAUAUUAUUGAUAUAAUGUUAUUAUGAUGGUUUUUUGGGACCUAAAUAAAAAAUGUAAUAAAGAA